AUGCCCAGGACCCUGGGGCUGGCCUUGCUGGCUCUGGUCAGUGCUGUAGGCUCAAGCCAGGCCAGCUUCACAGAAAAAGGACUCUCCUUGUUGAGCUACCAGCUGUGCACCUAUCGAGUGACCCAGAAUGUUCAGAAAGUGGAGCCCUUCCAGAUAUCUCACGUGACCUAUGCAUCCUGCGGCAGCUGGAUCCCCUGGAGGCGGUGCCCUAAGACUGUGUACAGGACCCAGUACCUGGCAGUGGAGGUCCCUGAGUCCAGGAAUGUGACCGACUGCUGCGAGGGCUACGAGCAGCUUGGCCUCUACUGUGUCCUACAAAAAGGACUCUCCUUGUUGAGCUACCAGCUGUGCACCUAUCGAGUGACCCAGAAUGUUCAGAAAGUGGAGCCCUUCCAGAUAUCUCACGUGACCUAUGCAUCCUGCGGCAGCUGGAUCCCCUGGAGGCGGUGCCCUAAGACUGUGUACAGGACCCAGUACCUGGCAGUGGAGGUCCCUGAGUCCAGGAAUGUGACCGACUGCUGCGAGGGCUACGAGCAGCUUGGCCUCUACUGUGUCCUACCCCUGAAUAGAUCUCAAGAGUUUGCUUCAAAACCUGGGGUCUGCCCGACGGCUGAGCCAGAGCUGUCCACUUCACCAUGCAGCUUGGACACUGACUGUCCCAGACUUCAGAAGUGCUGUUCCUGGUCAGGAGGCCACCAGUGUGUGGCCCCCAUGCCUCGGGCUCCCAAGAGGAAGCUGGUGAACUCCUGGUACAACGUGACUGUGCUGGUGAAAAUGGACUUUCGGGAACUGGAGAAAGUGGACCCCAGACUCCUGAACCACACACGCCUUCUCUACUCCUUGGUCACCAACUCUAUGCAACCCCUGAACUCCACUGUUCAUCACCUGCACUCAGCCAGUGGGGACACCUCUACCACAGUGUCGCAGCUGCUGCUGGGCCUGCCACAGCCAUUGCCUGUGGCUAAUGUCUCUGCCAUGCUGGAUGAUAUCACAAAGCGCGUCUAUGAAGUGAUCAACAUCCAGGUGCAAGAUGUGAACGAGUGCCUCCAUGAUGAGCUCAGUACCUGCUCUGGAAGGGAGCUGUGCGUGAACAUGGAGGGCUCACAUCGCUGUACCCACAGCCAGGAGCUGCCUACAUUGUCUCCUCAGAGGCUGAACCACACGCAUGAAGAUUGUCCUCCAAUUGGCGACUACAUGAUCCUCAACGUCACUAGCAGCAGUUUCCAAGUGUCCUGGACUUUCAAUUCCACCCGGAACUGCACUUUCCAUGUGCAGAUCUACAGGGGUGAGGAGUUGCUCAGAAGCGUGCAAACAAGGGGCCUGACCCUGCAGGUGGCUGGGCUGGAGGCUGGAGUACUCUACAAGGUGAAGACCAGCUCCCAGGGAAGCGGGGCCCGAGUAUUCUCCAUGCUGACUGUCAAAACCGAUGCCCGAGUAUUUGAAAUCACAAUAAGGAUCAUGAACCGUAACUUAACGGAGAAGUUGCUCAACUGCAGCAGCGGGGAGUACCAGGAUUUCUCCAGACAGCUGCUCCGUGAGGUUGAGAACUCCCUCCCAUCCAUGGUUUCUGACCUGCACAGAAGUGGGAAGCUAAGGAUGAAGAUCAUGUCUCUCCAGGCAGGAAGUGUGGUCGUGAAGCUGAGACUCACGGUGCAAGAUCCUGAGCUUCCAGUGGGAGUCUCCACACUGUCCGCUAUGCUCCCACACUUGUGGGCAAGCACGGCGUUCCAGAUUGACCAGCAGGGGACACUUGUGCGAGACUGGGAUGAAUGUUCGGACAGCUUGGAACAUGACUGCUCGCCAGUCGCCCAGUGCAUCAACCUCGAGGGCUCCUACACCUGCCAGUGCCGCACAGCCAGGGAUGCCAACCCCUCCCGGCCAGGCCGGGCCUGUGAGGGUGAUAUGGUGAGCCCCACGGAGAGUAUGCCGUCUGUGGAGACUGGGGUCAUGUCUCUGGCUCUCAGCACAGGAACAACAGCCCUUGACUUGGAGAUGCCCACCUUGGCACCCAGCCCCUGGAGCCCAUGGAGCACCCAGGCAACUGACCAGGCCUGGACCCUGGUGUCCCCACCCAGGCAAGGGGACAGUGACGUGGGUGGGCCCAGCAGGAGCAGCACAGAGCAAGGUGUGAAGGAGAUGGUGCCCAGCACGGCCCCAGGCUCAGGGAUGGAUCUGUGGAACACUAGCCAGGCAGCCAGCACCACCUCUUCCCCCAGAGCUUUCAGGCCGACCCACAGCUCCCCUCCUAGGGCCACAGAAGGCCUGCUGGAUCAUCACGAACAGCUUCUAAGAAAGUCUACUACGGAGCCAUACUCCUUGCCCUUCACUACCCAGGACCCCACAGGGCAUGUCAGCCUAUCCACACAGGAAAGACCUCUGAACCCCACCUGGAUACAGAAGGAGGACACUGGGCCCUCGCACUUCCCGGACCUGUCAUCAGCCCACACUCCCAUGGCUCUGCAGACCCCGACCUGUGGUCCAGUCUCCAUUGGAAAGAUCACAGUCUCCAAUGUGACUAGUACCAGCUUCCACCUGGCAUGGGUGGCAGGUGGCGCCCUGCCCCCCACCUUCCAGCUCACCUUGACUUCUUCACGGAGCCCCACCAUGGGUCUAGAGACCCAGAACACGAGUGUGACCCUGGGCCUAGAGACCCAGAACACAAGUGUGACCCUCUCAAGGCUGGAGCCUGGAGUCUUGCAUCUGGUUGAGAUUGUGGCCAAAGCAUGUGGAAAAGAAGUCGGCAGAGCACACCUGAAAGUGAGGACAGCUGCCCAGAAGCUCAGAGGGCAAGUCCGGAUAGCAAACAUUAGGUAUUCAGAAUCUUUCCACAACACAAGCAGCAAGAAUUAUCAAGAGUUUCUGAAACUCUUCUUCAGGAUGGUGCAGGACUCUCUGCCAGCCACCCUGCGUCGGCACAUGGACACCGGCGGGAUCAGGAUGGAGGUCAGCAGCAUCACCAAUGGCAGCAUUGUAGUGGCGUUUGACUUGCUGAUAUCUGCAGAGGUGGACGUCAGGGAGGUAUCUGCUGCCGUGCUCGCUGCCCUCCAGAAUGCCUCUCUGCUGGAGGUGGUCAGAGACGACACCUUCAUACGGGAUUACGAUGAGUGUGAAAGGAAAGAGGACGACUGUGUGCCGGGGACAUCCUGCCGAAACACCCUGGGGUCUUUCAUCUGCAUCUGUGCAGGAGGAGCCUCAGACUUCCAAGUAGAAUAUUCUGGAAGACCCUGCAAAGAUGACUCUUCCAGGAGUGCGACCCCAGCCUCCAGCACAGAGCAGCUCCCCACUCCAGCAGGCACCCAGGCUGUUUCCCAGGAGCUGCCCCAGCAGCUGAACCUGACUGACGCGGUCAGGGUGCUCUGUGAGAUUGAAAAGGUGGCCAUCAUCAUCCAGAAGCGCUUCCUGUGGCAGGAAUCCAUCCCUGAGUCCUCCCUGUACCUGGGGCACCCCUCCUGCAACGUGAGCGAGAGUAACAGCACACACGUGCUCCUGGCGGCUGGCUGGAGCGAGUGCGGCACCAUCGUGCAGAGUAACACGACGAACACAGUGGUGAAGACCACGCUGAGGAAUGACCUGUCCCCAGAGGGCAUCAUCCACUACCUGAAGAUCCUGAGCCCCAUUCACUGUGCCUUCCAGAAUGACCUCCUCACCUCCUCGGGUUAUACCCCGAAGUGGGGGGUUUACGCCAUCAUCGAGGACCUCCAUGGCGCUGGAAACUUUGUCACAGAAAUGCAGCUGUUCAUCGGGGACUCUCCUAUACCUCAGAAUUACAGCGUGUCAGCCAGUGAUGACGUCAAGAUUGAAGUCGGCCUCUACAAGCAGAAGAGCAACCUGAAGGUGGUCCUCACCGAGUGCUGGGCCACGCCAUCCAGCAACGCCAGGGACCCGGUCUCCUUUGGCUUCAUUAACAACAGCUGCCCGGUUCCCAACACGUACACCAAUGUGAUCGAGAACGGCAACUCCAGUAAGGCCCAGUUUAAGCUGAAAAUCUUCUCCUUCAUCAACAACUCCAUAGUCUACCUGCACUGCAAACUUCGCGUUUGCAUGGAAUCCCCUGGAGCCACGUGCAAAAUAAACUGUAAUAAUUUCCGGUGGCUGAGAAGCAGUGUAACCUCUUCCACACACCAAACGUCCUGGGGGCCCCUCUUUCGGUCUGAAGAUGGGGCUCUGGCUGCAGGACCAGGCCUGGGAGCUGGCUUUGUGGCCUUCAUUGCAGUGGCUAUCUUCACUGUGGUGGCAGGGGCAGCUGCCCUUCUAGUGGUGCGCUACCAGAAAAUGAUGGGCAAGUACAACUUCAAGAUCCAGUCCGGGAACAUCAGCUACCAGGUGUUCCAUGAGUAGAGCUCCAUGGCUGACUGAAAGGUCGCCGUGAGUCAAGCUUGGUUCUUAAUUCAUCAUAGUGUAACAAGAGUCCAGCCUGUGCAGUGCUUGGUGCCAGCCCCACAGAUGACCACGACAGCCUCCUCCUGACCCAGGAGGCCCCAGACAGCCAACACCCCAGGCAGAUGACAGGGCUACUUGUGAUGUGUGCACAGUGGGCUGGGGUGCCCCAAGUCCAGACACACUCCUCAAAUCCAGCACAAAGAAGCCCUGCCAUUACCCAGGCCACCUCCACAACCCCAGACCUCUCAAACUUUGACUGUCCAAACUGGUCCAUGUGACUCCCCUGGGCUUGCUCAUCACAGACAGCUGUCACCCAACAGACUCUAUUACAUUACAUUUCAUGUUUCC